GGGACUUUCGAAUUCUUAAUUCGUUUUUUUCUCCUCAAAUUUCGGUCUUUCGUCCAAAUAACAAUGGUAAAAAGGAUUUUUGUGCAAGGAUUGGAUAGCUAUACAACGGAAUCGACAGUUAAAAAAUAUUUUGAACAAUUUGGAACUUUAUACGAGUGCAUUCUACCUCCUCCUCCUAGAUAUUCGGUAUUCGACAAUGGACCAGACGAGGAGAAAAUUUCAACACGAUCAUCGAUUCGAUAUGAGCCUGUGGAAAAUGAUGAUGUAUUAGAUGACGAGCUCGAUGUCGAACGAUACGAUGUUGAAAAACACGGCGAUUUUGAGAGUUACAUGAAAAAAAUUGGAGAAGGUGAAGCAUUUAUCAAAGAGCCGAGAAAGACUAGCGCAGGCUACGCCUACAUCACUUUCGUUGAUUCGAACGGAUAUUCAAAUUGCAUGAAAUCAGAUAUUCAUGAAAUCGAUCGAGCCAAAUGCACUGUUGAGCCAGCAAAAGAUGAAAAUGAUAAGAAGUUGAAAGUAGAAUCAAAACGACUUUUUGUUUCUUAUUUUCCACUAGACAGAUUAACUUCAAAAGAACUGAAAAUGAAUUUUGGAGCCUACGGAAAAAUCACAGAUGUAGAAUUUGUCAGUGAUUCAGAAGGGCCGCUUCACUUCUGCAUUAUAACUUUCGCAGACUCCAGAUCUGUUGAUGUUCUUCUAACCAAGUCAAUAUACAUCAGGGAUGUUCUGAUGUUCACCCGACGUGCUGUAUUGAAGGAGUCCGUUAAAAUAGCGGAACAUAAGAUAAAAGAGCAGGAACAACAAAACCUCGUGCAACUACCUCCAAAUCACACUGCUUAUCUAACGCCGUCACGUCCCGUAACUUCUGUACAUGCCUCAUCAUCUGCUUCAUCAAAUCACUAUGAUCCAUCUGCAGCAGCAGGAUAUGCACCACUAUAUCAUCAACCACCAGAAUCAGAUCCAUUGUCUCAAUGUGGCUAUGGACCGAGAAAAUGGUAGCUGUGAUGAUCAAACAAAACUCAUAUAUCUCAAAUUACGGUUUCACUUAAUUCGAAGUUUACGAACAUUGAUUUUAAAAAAUAAAAUUGAUUUAUCUUCG